GGUCUCUCCAGCGGGCUAGUUCCGCGUGGACUGCCACGUGAGAGCGCUCGGCGUUCUGGGAGCUGUAGUUCCGCCCUUCCCGGCAAGCCCCCUCCUUUGAAUGGGGACGGGUAACCUGGAAACUACACCUCUUCGGGAGGAGUGGGAAGUUGGAGCUGCCUUGGGAGCCCCGGGAGGCGAUGUUCUUGGGUGCAGUGGACAGAGCAGUCCGGCGCCUAGGGACAGCGGCUUAGGCAGCCCGUUCCGGCCACCCCUAAUCCCAGCCCCUAAAUCCAUCUUCCUGGGAUCCCCAAGCCGCCAUGCACCCGGCCUGCGCUGUCGGCCUGGUAUUCGCAGGCUGUUGCAGUAAUGUGAUCUUCCUGGAACUCUUGGCCCGGAGGCAUCCAGGAUGUGGGAACAUCGUGACAUUUGCACAAUUUUUAUUUAUAGCCAUGGAAGGCUUUAUCUUUGAAGCUAACUUGGGAAGGAAGAGGCCUGCUAUUCCAAUAAGGUAUUAUGCCAUCAUGGUCACCAUGUUCUUCACUGUCAGUGUAGUGAAUAAUUAUGCUCUAAAUCUCAACAUUGCCAUGCCUCUGCAUAUGAUAUUUAGAUCAGGUUCUCUAAUUGCCAAUAUGAUUCUAGGCAUCAUCAUUUUGAAGAAAAGAUACAGUGUCUCUAAAUAUACUUCCAUUGCUCUGGUGUCUGUGGGGAUUUUUAUCUGUACUUUAAUGUCUGCAAAACAAGUGGCAUCCCAGUCCAGCUUGAAUGAGAAUGAUGGAUUCCAGGCAUUUGCGUGGUGGUUACUAGGGAUUGGUGCACUAACCUUUGCCCUUCUGAUGUCAGCAAGGAUGGGCAUCUUCCAAGAGACACUCUAUAAGCAAUUUGGGAAACAUUCCAAGGAGGCUUUGUUUUAUAAUCAUGCGCUGCCACUCCCUGGCUUCAUCCUUCUGGCUUCUGAUAUCUAUGAUCAUGCACUUCUUUUCAAUAAAUCUGAAUUGUAUCAGGUUCCAGUUGUUGGAGUGACAGUACCCAUCAUGUGGUUCUACCUCCUCAUGAACAUCUUGACUCAGUAUGCUUGCAUCCGAGGGGUGUUCAUCCUCACCACAGAGUGCACCUCCCUCACUGUGACUCUUGUCGUGACGCUGCGCAAAUUUGUCAGCCUCAUCUUCUCCAUCCUGUACUUCCAGAACCCUUUCACCCUAUGGCAUUGGCUGGGCACUAUGUUUGUCUUUGUUGGGACCUUGAUGUACACUGAGGUAUGGAACAGCCUCGGGGUAUCAAGGAGGAAGCCCCAGAAAGAGGAGGCCAAGAAGGACUGAGGGUCCCCUGGGACAGACUCUCCGGUGAGAGUCUGGCCGCCGCCACCCCACGUUCUUUAAAGCUUACAUGCCCCAGCAUAGUCCCAAAUACAGAGCAGGGAAUGCUCCUGUCCAGGGGAAGUUUAGUAUUCCUGACGUUCUGGACUCACUGAUACUUGCUGCUGCUGGACAAAGCAUCCAUCCUUCCCCCAACUCUGAAGCAGAAAGGAGUAGUUGUGAUCUCUUGAGCAGUGUAUCCAUUUGUAUUUUUAUUAAAGGGUUCAAGAUACAUAUUUAUUAAAUUCCGAGGACAAGGACCUAAUUUUAUACCUGUGGCCUCAGACAGGAUUCCCCUUUGCACAGUAGCCAGAGCCCCAAGCCCCCCGCUCUAUCACCAGCAACAGCAGACCACUCAGACCCUCCUGAUAUAAUCGUCUGGAACAGUCAAGGGGUUGAUUCACUGAGAAAAUAGUGAUACGUGGCUGGAUUUCCUUGUGGCGGCUGGGAGCAGAGCAGUUGUCCGUAUGACUGGAGCCUCGGGGAAAGAGCCUCUUCUUGCCCACCGAUAGUUUCAUUCAUUCCUACCAUCCCAUCCAUCCAGAUGUGAAAUGAUGCUGACAUUUUAUGGACUAUCCUGAAACAGUCCAGUCAUAAGCCCUGUUGUGUAAAGACCUGCUCUGGUUCACCAUUAAUAAUCUUUGUGGGAAGGUCAUUGGCUUAUUCAGUUUGGUAAAGGGGAGAUUCUCUUCAGGACCGCAGCGAGCCAGCGAGCGAGCUUGCUCUGGUUUGGCUGCUCCUGACUGGAACCUGUUAACAAGAUGAGGUCAAUCCCUUGGGACUACAUUGUAUUCGGUCUAUUCUAAGGAGCUAGAUCAAUAUGGCAUUGGAAGGCCUUUUAAAUAGGGAGUGUCAACUCUGCUAAGGAAUUUUGGUGACGCACUUGAAAACCAAAACCUGUCAGGCCACCAAUUAGAUUUUCACUUGACAUAAAGUUACAUCAGGUCAAAUCAUGAUUGUAUUAAAACCAAAAUCUUGUUGCAAAGUAUCAGUUAAACAUGGCAGAUACUAUUCUCUUUGCUUUAUGGUGUUUCUGUAUCUGUUGUCUCUUGUUAGACAAUUAAAAAUAGUAUUUGCCUCUA